CAGAUGUCACCGCGAAACAGAGAUGGGAAGCUGGGGUGCCCAGCGGAAGUUAGAACGGACUGGACCAAAUGUCAUUGGCUGGGAGAGAGACUGACAGAUGUAAUGCCCAACGGCAGCGACACUCGCCUGGCCCAGUCAGACACACAGUGAUUGGUUAUUUUUAUUUAAGCGGGGGUUAUUUAUAUUUAGCAUUGUAUCAGCAUUAAUUGUCAAACUGGAUCCUAUAUAAAGUAUUUUUCUUUUCGGUGACACACACACGCCAGCCUACCAUCAUAACAAGAUGGCAGCCUCCUUGAGCCGGUUACACCACAUUUCACUUCACGUUACAAACGUGGAUAAAAUAGCGUAUGAACUUGUUUCUAAAUUUAAGUUUAAUUUAUUUGUUGCGAGGUUGACGGAGAAGUCAAAACAGUUGGCUUUCAGGAAAGGAGCGGCAGUUUUCGUCGUCAAUGAAAGACCAUUGAAUGGAGUAACACUAUCGAGCAAGAGAGGUAUUUCUCCUUCAGAAUCGGAACCGGGAUGGACGAACAACAUUCAAACCGGGAUAAAGAACGACAAGGAUCCGAAAUGUCUCUACGAUGUCAACCCACACUAUUCCGUCGACACCGCGUCUAACGUCUGUUUCGAAGUAGAAGACGUGGAAAGGUCAUUCAAGUCCCUUCGCAACCUUGGCUGCGAUUUCUUGGUGCCUCCGACAGAGGUGUGUGACGAGAAAGGGAUUGUCACCUAUUCAGUCGUCAAAUCAAUCAUGGGAAAUGUGAACCACACGCUCAUUGACACGAGUAAAUACAAGGGGAGUUUCUUACCCGGGUUUCAGGAUGUUGAAAACGGCACACCGUUGUCUAAUAGUACGGAGUCUUCCUGUCCAGUCAUUCAUUUUGAUCACAUCACCUAUGCUUGUCCGAGACGGUGCACACCGCAAGUGAUGAGCUGGUAUGAGAGGCACUUUGGCUUCCACAGGUUCUUCAUUAACAGUAAUGAGGAUGUGGACGAGGGCUAUGUUCUGAACACGGAGGGCAUUGGACUGCGUCUCACAGCCAUGGAGUACUGGAAAUGCAGCCAGACCGGAAUCAAGCUUCCCUUCACAGAUGACCAACAACCGGACUGCAAGUUUGUCAUCGCGGAGUCGCUGCCUGACCAAGGCAGUAACCAGGUGGACACCUUUCUGGAGCAGCACGGAGGCCCAGGGAUCCAGCACAUUGGAUUGUACACACAGGACAUAGUGUCCACAGCACAGACCAUGGGCCAGGCAGGAGUCCACUUCUUCUCUCCUCCGCCUGCCUACUACACGGAGGUGGGUAAGCAGCAAGAGAUGGAGGACGCAGGUUACGACCCCCAGAUGCUGUCUCAGCACAGCAUCCUCCUGGACACAGACCUGUGCCAGGUCCAGACUGACCCGUCCUGUCAGACUACGGACACGCAGAAGAAAAGAUACCUGCUCCAGGCGUUCACCAAGCCCAUCUUCUCAUUCCCUCUAAACAGAUACCUGCUCCAGGCGUUCACCAAGCCCAUCUUCUAUUUCCCAGAUACCUGCUCCAGGCGUUCACCAAGCCCAUCUUCUCAUUCACUCUAAACAGAUACCUGCUCCAGGUGUUCACCAAGCCCAUCUUCUCAUUCUCAGAUACCUGCUCCAGGCGUUCACCAAGCCCAUCUUCUCAUUCCCUCUAAACAGAUACCUGCUCCAGGCGUUCACCAAGCCCAUCU